AUGAAUAUUCCUGUGAACUCUUCCCAGUUGGAUCUGCCACUGCCCCCAGGCUUCCUGACCAUCGAGGAUAUUCGAAACCUGCCAAAUGAUAAGAUUGCAGCCAUGACCAUGAUCAAAAGUGUCUUUGGCUUCGUAAAAGACUUUCAGCCGCCGAAAAAAUGUGAUCGAGGUACCGACUACAAGUGUGCGAUUGAAAUUAAAGAUCUCUCAACCAAAUACGAAAGUUAUGGCUUUAAGGUCGAUGUCUUUUGGUCGGAACCAGAGAAAAUGCCAAAGUUUUCUGGACCAGGUGAUGUGGUCCUCAUACGCAACGUCAAGGUCCAGAUGCGGAGUGGAUCCAUAUCACUAAUCGCUAACAGAGGGACCGUCUUCCAUGUUCUCCUGUCCAAAAAAAUCCCGAGGAAGGAUUCACCAGAAAUUAAAGCUCCAUGGCAAUCAUAUCCACCAGGCAAAAGCCAGUAUCCACCCAAUGUUGAGGAGACCAACUACGUAAUUUGGGCACAUUGCCAAUCUCAGGACAUGGGCCUGCCGUCUAGCAAUGAGUUCCAGCAGAAGUCAAUCCAGGCAAUUCAAGGCAGAAACCAUGACAAGUUCAGCCUGCUCAAAGACAUAAAGCCUGAAGGCAGAUGGCAUGACAUUUUGGGACAAGUCAUUAGACUUUACGACUCGAACCUGUUCUCAAUCUAUCUAUCCGACUACACCUACAAUAAGUACUUCCAUAAGUACUCCUGGCCCGGCGUUAGAGAUGAAUCUGGUAGUCGAGAUGGGGAUGAGUUCGCAUACACUAAAUUUCACGAUAAGCACAAAGACCAGUGGCCAGGACCCUUUGGCCAGUAUACAAUACAGCUUACGCUCUUUGACGAGCAUGCAAGCUUCGCGCGGGAAAAUCUCAAAGUUGGUCAGUGGGUUCUCUUGAGCAAUGUACAGAUGCAAAUGGGUAAAAAUGGAGGAACGCUUGAGGGCUUUGUGCGUGGAGAUCGGGGUAAGAUCAACGUAAGAAUUUUGGAGCAAGCAGAGGGAAAAGAUUGUCCCGAUCCUCGGCUGAAGGAUGCGUUACGUCGAAAGAUGAAGUACGAAUCGAUACAGAAGAAGCAAAUUCUCAGUGAAGACGGUGAGCUCGGUAACAAGCGAAAAGCUGAAGACGGGGAAUCACUCGAGGGCAAUUCCAAACAGCGUCGAAAAGCAAUGCGUGCAGCAGCUGAAAAAUCAGCGGCUGAUCUGGAGGCAAAGGAGGCAGCAAGGCUGAAUCUCAAUAACAACAUUCGAUGUGCACAUCCGACCAUUGAACCUUCACCGAUUGAGGUGAUCCUCCGGCCAGAAAUGAUUGUGCGAGAAGGCAGUGUCUUUGUCCCUUCAUCAUUUACUUGCAAAAGAUACCGAGCCAACGUCCGAGUCAUUGACUACGCUCCUGAUAGGAUCGAGGACUUUGCAGUGUGGCGUCGAGUAAGUGAAUAUGAUCAGCUAUCAGACUAUAGUGGAGGGGAAGAUACCGACAUAGAGGAGGAUAUGCGGUCCUAUAAGAACGGGAAAGGAUAUGCCAAGAAAAUUUGGGAGUGGAGAUUUUGGCUGAAAGUCGAAGAUGCCAACCCCAAGGGACCGAAAAAGCGAAUGUGGAUAAUCGUGGAUAACCAUGCGGCACAGGGCUUGUUAGGUUUAGAAAAUGAUGCAGCAAAUCUCCGAAAAGAGCCAGACCUACUGGCUGCGCUCAAGGAACAGCUCUUCAAACUAUGGGGUGACCUGGAAGAGCAGAAGUCUGCAGCUUUACCGCCACAAUCUACAGCGAACAAAAAAACUCCCUCGCCAAUCGACUCGACAGCAAAAUCGCCAGCUAGCAACAUUUACGCACAACCUGAUCUCGACAGCGAUUCCGAGACUGAAGAAGCUGUGUCAAAACCACCUAUUCUUGAAAAGAAGCUGUCAGCUUUGAACGAUCAGAACGGCAAUACACCAUCCGAUGUCUCAAAUGGGCUGAAGCCGAAAAACAAGGCAUUUACCUGUUGCAUACAACAGUAUGGAAUUAAAGAACCAGAAAAGGAUCGCUCCAAAGCGAAUGCCGGUGACGGAAGGAGAUGGCAGCGGAUUUUUGGUUUAUUCGGGACGCAGAUUCUCUAA